AUGACUAAUGUGUCAGAGAAUUACACAGCAGCUGAUGACGUGAUGAUGUGCAAAGAGAGUGACAGACAAGCGCUUCUCCAAUUUAAACAAAGCCUUCAACCUGUAGAUCAGUCGGUCAAUAGCAGCCUCUCUCCAUGGGACAAAAGGGAUUGUUGUGAAUGGAUGGGUGUGGGGUGCAGCAAGCUCACAGGCUAUGUGGAAAGGAUUGAACUUCAUGGCUAUCACUGGCUUGUAGCAGGUACAAUUAGUCCUUCAUUGCUUAAGCUGCAACAUUUGAGUUACAUAGAUCUCGGCUACAAUGAUUUUAAUGGAAGUCUCAUCCCCGAGUUCAUUGGUUCUUUAAAAAAUCUGACAUACCUGGAUCUCUCUUUUGCUAAUUUUAGACGACCAAUUCUUUCUCAGCGUGGAAACCUUUCCAUGUUGGAGAUUCUUUUUCUGGGUGGUGAUGUUUUCAGUCUAAGGUACUCUACGCACUUUUUCCACCAUAAAUCUGAAAAAGUGUUCAGUGUUGGAGACCUUGACCCGCUUUCCCAUCUAUCUUCUUUAAAAAAUCUUUAUCUUGGUUUCACAGACCUAACUAAGGCUAGUGAUUGGUCUCAAUCAUCUCUAAUUUCCCUUAUCAACUCUUCUACAUUUGUCACCACACUUCAUCUGGCUGGAAACAAUCUUACUUCUUCUGCGACAUACCCCUGGUUGUUUAGUGUUAGUAGAAAACUUAAGGUCCUUGAUCGGUCAAUGAACCAGUUGAAAGGCCCAAUUCCAGAAUCCAAUUUUGGGAACAUGGUUUCUCUGAAAGAUCUUUAUCUGAGCGACAAUCAGCUUGAAAGUGGGAUAAAUGGUUCUGUGCUAUAUGAAAUCGCCAAAUUAUCAUCCUUAAGAGCACUAGAUCUUGGGUACAACCAUUUAAAUGGAACCAUAAGCGAAAGCAUUGGACAAUUGUCGAAGCUGUUGCUUUUACGGCUUGCUUGGAAUUCUUUUGAUAAUGUUGUCAUCUCCGAAGCUCAUUUCUCAAAUCUCACCAGGUUACGGGCGUUGGUCUCAUCCGGUAUUUCUUUGACUUUAAAAUUCAACUCUGGUGGGAUUCCUCCAUUUCAUAAUCUGCAUGUUAUGAUGCUUCGCUCUUACAAGUUAGGGCCUUGUUUCCCAGAAUGGCUUCGGACUCAAAUUCAUCUCAGAGCCCUCCAUAUCUCUGCUACAGAAAGUUCGGAUUCUCUCCCCUAUUGGUUUUGGGAUUGUCACACUCCGAGAUUGAGACAUACUAUGGCCAUAUUACCUUGA